CUGUUGAUGAUGUUCCUACGCCACACACUCUAACCACUCAGUAGGUCGUGAGGUCUGGAGAGAGCUGAGACGAGAAACUGAGUUUCUUCAGGCGGGGAAAAAAGCAAAGGCUGUGCGUUAACCUGUUUUCGGCGUCACUUGACACUUUCCUCUCUCAGGAACUUUGUCUUGUCAUUCUUUCUGAGGAGGAUAUAGUGCCUUUGGAAGGAGAGUAAAUCUGACACUUUCGCCGCCACAUGUGUGCGUGAACAAGCACAACUCUGGAUGAAAUGGGUCCGUUCGCAGCGCUGCUGUUGAUUUCACAUUACGCGGGACUUUUUCUUCAGCUGAACGCGACUGGGGAUGGGGAUGUGGAUCAAGAGGUGGACAGCCAUGUCUCUGGUAACGCGCUUUUCACAGAAGUUCCCCAUGACAUCAUCAGUCAGACUGGUCAGGAUGUGGAGAUGGCCUGCUCCUUCAGGGGCGCAGGCUCUUCUUCAGUCUCAUUGGAGAUCCAGUGGUGGUAUUUGCGGUACCAUAGGGAAUGGUCUGAGAAACCUACCUGGACAGCCAAUCAGGUUGUUCCCAUUGAGGAAUUGAGGAGGGAUGCUACUAAAAUAAGUGUGGUGAAAGUGGCUGGCAGCAACAUCUCUCACCGGCUUCGCCUGUCAAACGUUAAACCUUCAGACGAAGGCAUGUAUGAGUGUAGAGUGAUCGACUUCAGCAACAACCGCAUACAACACCACAGAGUGCGAGCUUACUUGCAGGUAAAACCACCAGGCCCUGACUCACAGCUCCACCAAGAGGAAAUCCUGCACAGUGAAGAGAAGAAUCUUCACCAUGGAAAACAUCAUUUGCACAAGGAGGACCGUCAGGUCAGAGCGAGAGAUAAGCACAACAGAGACCAAGAGCUGCAACAUGGAGACUAUAUGCUUCGUCAGAUUGAUCAUCACAAGAGUCAUCAUAGGCUUCAGGCAAAUGAAGGAGGGAAGAAGGACUCAUCUACUCUACAUCACGGAGAUCAUAUCCUAAGGGAGCAUCAACAUCACCAUGAAGGGAAAAACCAUCAGGUGAACAAACACAUACAGGCAAGCAAGAAGAGGGAAACAAAAAGUCACCAAUCAGAUGUGAAAGGGCAUAAAGAACAUGCUGCAGAAUUACAUUCCCAUGACUGUUCUACCAAUGACUGUGUGCUGUAGAGCAGUGCAGAGAAAAACAGGCAUACAAAAAGAGAAAAUAUGAAAAAGACUUUUCUAUUUGUUGCGAGAGACUGAGCAACUAGGUAGAACAGGAUGAAGGGAAAGUCAGUGAAAGGUGUGCAUGUAAAAGAAUCAUCAUAAGAAUGUUCAUUAAUUUCAAAGAGAAAUGUUGGAGUCUAUUUUGUACCAAAGUGUUAAACCAGCAGAAAUUAUCUGCAAGAAAAACAUUAACUAUUAAAAUACAAACAAUAAGAAUACAAUAAGACUAAAUCACUGAAAUAAGAUUAAUUUAAUUACAGUGUUUCAAAAGUUUUUUCAUGGGGGGUUGUAGAAGAAGGAAAAAGGUUUAAGUACUUCUUAGCAGACUAGAAUUUACUAGAGUGAUCUGGCAAAAUAUUUAAAAAGCACCAAUUAAUCAUUAAUCAUCAAUUAUCAGUUACUUUUGCAGUAGCCUAUAUAGAAAAAAGACAUAAGUAUAUGCUUUUGAAUUCUUUAUUCUGACUGGUCAGAAGGUGUUCAGGAAUAACACACUACAGAUUAUUAUGUGAAAAUAAUACACGCCGGGGUGGUGUGAUACAAGUGGAUUACUGAAGUGAAUUAUUUUCAUAUAUUAAACCACUGAGUGUGUGUGUGUGUGUGUGUGUGUGUGUGUGUGUGUGUAUCCACGUAUAACACAGCAGUUUGCCAGCAAUUACUAAUUUAUUUUAUUAAUUAAUUUAAGGUAUUAACAAACAGUGUAAUUUAUUAAUGAACAACACAUUGCAAUUUUUAAUGGCUUAUAGUUAGAUUAAUGUUGUGGAACGUCCAUGAGACAAAUUAGUUCCUCAACCCAUUGUUCAUGUUAGAGCUGGAAUUAUUGUGCUG